UUGACCAACCUUACCACUCUCUAUCUCCAUACAAAUAAUCUUUCUGGCACUAUUCCCAUGGAGAUAGGAAAUAUCCCAACGUUGAUAGCAUUGGAAUUGGGUAUAAACCAAUUUUCGGGUUAUUUGCCACAUAACAUUUGCCGAACUGGAUCACUCACACACUUUACAGCUUCCUCCAAUCAUCUAAGUGGUCCAAUCCCCAAAUUCUUGAAAACUUGCACGAGCUUAUUCAGAGUCCGUCUUGAAGGGAACCAAUUGACAGGCAAUAUAUCUGAAGUCUUUGGCGUUUAUCCAAGUCUCAAUUUUAUAGAUUUGAGCAACAAUCAACUUUAUGGUGAAAUCUCACCAAAUUGGGGAUUGUGCCUAAAUUUAACAACCCUACGAAUAGCUGCAAACAAACUUACUGGUUUUAUACCAGCUGAGAUUGGAAACGCAACCCAAAUUCAUGAGCUGGAUCUUUCUUCAAAUAGUUUAGUCGGGACAAUUCCAAAGGAGUUUGGGGGAUUAACUUCAAUGGUGAAGCUGAUGUUGGACGGCAAUCAACUUUCAGGUCGUAUUCCUUUAGAGUUUAAAUCAUUGACUGAUCUAGAAUAUCUUGAUCUAUCAGCAAACAAAUUCAAUGAUUCAAUUCCAAGUUUUGUAGGUGACUUUCACAAGUUAUAUUACUUGAAUUUGAGCAACAACAAGUUCGGUCAAGUAAUUCCAUUUCAAUUGGGGAAGUUAAUUCAGUUGUCCCAACUAGAUUUGAGUUUUAACGCAGUUGAAGGUCAGAUACCAUCAGAUAUUAGUAAUAUGCAGAGUCUGGAGAUACUUAAUAUAUCCCACAACAAUCUCUCUGGUUUCAUUCCAACAAGUUUUGAAGACAUGCACGGGUUGUCGUAUGUAGACAUAUCCUACAAUUACUUGGAAGGUCCACUUCCCAACAACAAAGCAUUUCAAGCUGCUACUCGGGAAGCAUUGCGAGGGAACAAGGGCUUGUGUGGCAACACACGAUUUUUGCAACCCUGCAAUAAACAAAGCCCAAAAAAGGACCAUAAACUCGUAUUUCUAAUAAUGUUCCUUAUUCUUGGAGCACUUGCACUUCUAGCCUUCAUAUUUGCAUUGGUAGUGAAAAGGAAAAAGAAGCAUCAGCAUGGAGAAAAAACCAACAUGAGUGAAGAAUUUUCUUAUUCAAUAUUAAAGUUGGAUGGAAAAACGAUGUUUGAGGAAAUCGUAAGGGCAACAGAAGAUUUUGAUCCCAUGUAUUGCAUAGGGCAGGGAGAACAGGGAAGUGUCUUCAAAGCAACUUUGUCAUCCACUUACACAGUGGCUGUGAAGAAACUCCAUUUGCCAUGCGAUGAUGACAAGAAUCUUCAGAAGACAUUCUUGAAUGAAAUUAGGGCACUAACUGAGAUGCGUCACCGAAAUAUUGUGAAGCUUUAUGGUUUCUGUUCACAUAUGCUACACUCAUUUUUGGUGUAUGAUUAUCUGGAAAAGGGUAGUUUGGCCACAAUGUUGAGCAAAGAUGAGGAAGCUAAAGAACUGGGGUGGAGUAAAAGGGUGAAUAUAGUUAAAGGUGUAGCUCAUGCCUUGUGUUACAUGCAUCACGAUUGUUUGCCACCAAUUGUGCACCGGGACAUAUCGAGCAAGAACAUUUUGCUGGAUGAUGAAUAUGAGGCCUGUGUCUCAGACUUUGGCACUGCUAAGUUCUUAAACCCAGACUCAACUAAUUGGACUGCCCUUGCAGGCACAUAUGGAUAUAUUGCACCAGAGCUUGCUUAUACGAUGGAAGUGAAUGAGAAGUGUGAUGUUUAUAGCUUUGGAGUGGUGACAUUGGAGACAGUUAUGGGAAGACAUCCGGGAGAUCUUCUCUCAUCUCUUUUUUCGGGGGCGUGUUCAUCAUCGUCAACUGCAUUACCAGCCCAUCAAAUGCCAGUUUUGGAUGUUUUGGACCAACGCAUUUCCCCUCCUGCAGGUGAAGUUGCAGGAGAAGUUGUCUCUGUUGUGAAGGUAGCAUUUGCGUGCCUGAAUUCCAGUCCUCAAUCUCGUCCAACAAUGAAGCAAGUUUCUCAACACCUCUCAACUAAAAGACUGCAUUUGUCGGGUCCAAUAGCUAUGAUAACAUGCGGUGAAUUGCUUGCUUCUAAUGGUUUUACUGCCUCAUGAAUUUUGAAUCAACAAUGUUCUUCUGUAUCCACCAACAUUUCUGUUCCUCGCCUUUUUUCGGCACAAUCCAAUUCUUGCUCUCUCUCCUUUCACUUUUCUACAUCCUCAGAUUCCUUCUCCCUCAUCUCCGGCUCUCUCCACGGCGCCGUCACCUCCACCAUCACUCAAGUCGCUGUCACCGCCGUCACCAUCGCCUCCAGUAAAGUUGAUUUCGUGUGGCCCAAACUCGAAAGACAGCCAGUUUGGGCUGUGAUCCAAAGGUUUGCCGCCAUUUUCAUUUUCUGAUUCAACACAUAGAAUUGAAUUUGAUGAUCUGGCACUAAA